AUGGUAAACCUCACUGUCGGAAAUAAAAAUAAGAGCUUUACCGAUCAGGUUGGUGGAUUCGAAGGGGCUCAUAUUCAACUCCCUGAGAGUUGUGGUAAUGGUAUUUUUUGUACCAAUACAUGCUAUAAUAAUAAGGGCAAGCGUCUAGCCCCCGGCCCUCUUAAAUUGAAGCAUUUUUGGCCGUGA